GAUGUUUGUUUUGUUAUUAGGUUGUUCCUUGGCCGUUGAACCAGUAUCUAGAAUGGCGGUGUCAUGGAACAUUCCUCAUAUUACAUACAGCGGUUCGGAUGAAUUCCUUGGCAACAAAAAUGUUUUUUCGAUGUUGACACGCACUGGCCUCACUGUGAACGCGCAUACACAGGUUUACAUUGAGGUAUUGGAUGAAUUUGGAUGGACAAAUGUUGCAAUUAUUUACGACAUAUCAAAGGUUGUGCACAAUAUGACUGGGGCAAAUUUGCAGUAUCAGGAAACAUUUAAUCAAGAGACUACGCAUAUAACAGCAUUUGCUGCACCUUUUGAUGCAAAAGCUGACGACCUUAAUAAAGAAUUAGUGUCUGCAUUUGAUAAAGCUAUGGGACAUGCAAGAGUGUUCCUAAUAUUUUGUCACGGUGACGUUUUGAGGGAGUUGGUGCUUGUUGCUGGAAAGUCUGGACUUUUGCCUGGCGAGUAUGCACUGAUUUAUAUGUUUGAAGGACAUGGCUCUUCAACAUUUGGAGAAUAUACUUGGUACAGGGAAAAUUCUCCAAAUAAUCAGGACGUCAGGAGAGGGUAUGAAUCUUUACUCGUAAUAAGACCUCGGAGGCCAACAAAUACUGAGUUUGUAAGGUUUGAGGAAGAAAUGAAAAAGCGAGCUUUCACAGAAUAUAACUAUACAUGGAAACAAGGUUUUGAGGUUAUGGUGUAUACAUACGGUAUUUACGACUCAUUUAUUCUCUACAUUUAUGCCUUAAUUGAAUGUUUGGUUGCCAAUAGAGAUCCUCGUGACGGCAAAGCGAUUGUUCAAGAAAUGUGGAACAAAACAUAUCAUGGAAUUGGUGGACCUUUCUACAUUAAUAGUAAUGGCGACAGAGUAAUAGAUUACACGGUUCUAGACAUGGUCCCUGAAACUGGAGAAUUUAUCGUAGUGUACCAGUAUCUUGGCUGGAAAAGAAACCUAGAAAUGAUCCAAAAUAUUACCAUACAUUGGCCAGGUUCCGGUUCUCCUCCAAGAAAUAAGCCAGUAUGCGGUUUUCGUGGCGAGCUUUGUUUGACCUUCCGAUUGAAAGAGUCUACCGUUGUCGCAAUAUGUCUGAGUUGCGGAAUAUUUAUCAUUCUUGUAGUAGGCUAUGUAAUUUAUAGGCGUCAAAAACUUGAAGUCGCAAUACACAGUCUUUGGUGGAAAGUCAAAGCAGAAGAUAUUCAAACUUAUACAAUACAAUCAAUGCAGUCUUUCGGAAGCAGGCGAAAUAGAUCAAUGUCAAUACCAGCUGUUGAGCAAAAUUUACAGAGUACAAGCAUAUAUAAGGGUACCCGUGUGCACAUAAAGCGACCAAACAUAAAGACUUUAAAUGUUGACCGAUGCCUUUUACUAGAACUUAAACAGAUGCGUGACGUUACAAGCCCAAAUCUCACCCGUCUUAUUGGAAUUUGCCCGGAUUUAAACAAUAUAAUCAUAUUGACAGAAUUCUGUUCAAGGGGAAGUCUGCAGGAGAUGUUGCUGAAUGAAUCGAUCAAGCUAGACUGGGAUUUCCGUAUAUCUCUUAUUAAUGAUAUAGUGGAGGGAAUGAUUUACCUACACUCAAGUCCAAUUGUUUCACAUGGUGCUUUUACCAGCUCCAACUGUGUGAUAGACAGCCGCUUUGUUCUUAAAAUUACCGGAUUCGGUUUAAAGAGCAUAAGGGAAAGAGUGGAACGGACAGCUCAAGCUUAUUCCCCGAGCCUUUUAUGGAUGGCACCUGAGCACGUGCGCACGUACCCGCCAAGAAAAUAUUCUCAAUUGGGUGAUGUGUAUAGCUUUGGUAUUGUUCUUUAUGAAAUGUGCACAAGAAAUGAACCUUACGUCAACGAAGAAUGGUAUACUUCAGUAAAUGACACAAUCGACAAGAUACUUCAAAGUGAACACCCAACACGACCAACAUUUACUGACUCUGAAUCAUGCAACGAUAUUGCAGCACUGGCCAAACAAUGUUGGUCAGAUCCUCCCGUAGAUCGGCCACCGUUUUACGAAAUUAAGAAGCUGAUAAAAAUUGCAAAACGCAAAAGGAACAUCAAUCCAGCAGAAAAUGUUUUAGAUGUUUUGCUGAAGCGUAUGGAGCAGUAUGCUAACAAUUUGGAAGGCUUAGUUGAAGAGAGGACACAGGCAUUUCUUGACGAGAAGAAAAAAUCAGAAGAACUUCUAUACCAAGUUCUUCCAAAAACUGUGGCCAACCAGUUACGGGUGGGAAAUACUGUCUGUCCAGAAGCAUUUGAUUCUGUCACCAUCUAUUUUUCUGAUAUUGUUGGGUUUACUUCGAUUGCUUCGCUGAGUUCUGCAUUUGAGAUUGUAGAUUUAUUAAAUGAUUUGUAUACGUGUUUUGACACAAUCAUCGAAAGUUAUGAUGUUUACAAGGUUGAAACUAUCGGAGACGCUUAUAUGGUAGUAUCUGGACUUCCGGAAAGAAAUGGCAUUGAGCAUGCGCGACAUAUUGCUACAAUGGCGUUAGAUAUCCUCAGUAAUGUUGCUAAAUUUACUAUACGUCACCAACCAGAUACCCCACUUAGAGCUCGCAUUGGGAUUCAUUCCGGUCCUGUUUGUGCUGGGGUUGUUGGGAGGAAGAUGCCACGUUAUUGUUUGUUUGGUGACACAGUCAAUACUGCAAGUCGAAUGGAAUCGACGGGAGAAUCAAUGAAGAUUCAGAUGAGUGAGUCUACAAAAAACAUUUUAAGUUUACUUGGGCAUUUUAUAAUAGAAGAAAGAGGAACCAUAAAUGUUAAGGGAAAAGGAUUAUCAACAACAUUCUGGCUACUAGGAGCACAACAUCCAAAAGAAGCAGAUGCAUGACAACUUGUUUCAUGUGUUCUUUUUUCUUGUUGUCUUUUUUCUUUCUUUUUUUAGCAUUCUAAAAACAGAAUUUAACAAUAUCAUUAAAAAUAUUGAUCUUUACCUCGGCAAAAUUAAGCACGGACUGCUUCUUUAAGUAUCUUAAGUGGAUACAAUACACGGAAAUAGUCUGCAGCAAAACAUAUUGAGACACUUCAUUAGUUUGUAAAGACAUACAAAAUGACAAUAUGUUUGAAUACAUAUUAACCAUUAAAAUGAUAUAUUCUAAUGUCCUUGUCAUCUUGAGGUUAGCAUAUAUUUUUACAGAUAUCGGUUAUGUUUUACAACGACAAUCAUAGCUCAUCC